CUAAGCGUAUUAUAAAUGACGCGUGACCUAAACUACAAGUCCGACCUUUUUGUUGUUUAAAAAUCUGCUUUGAUGUUUUCAUUUGUUAGUGAGAAGGAAACGAAAAGAAUCACACGCAGCAAUUGGAACGUUCUAACUAAAUGUGACGUGCCGUUCUGUCACAUCACCUGUCGUGACGUAAUAAGACAGGUUACCCACUGGUAAUCACAACAUGGGGGGGUGGGUGAUCACGCACUUGGUCCAAUAGGAAAUAUUUUGACUUUUAAAAUGUUGUCAUUAGAAUCAUACACAGAGAACGAGGAUAUCCCCGCAUAUGAGAACCACAUUCUGUCUGAUAUCUACCUGGUACAGAAUCUGAAGGGACAGGGCACCUUUGGGAAAGUGGCCCACUGUAUAAAAUUAGACACCAUGGAGAAUGUGGCAGUCAAGAUUGUAAAGAAACAUUUUACCUGGGCUGGUGAAAGAGAGGCAUUUGCUUUAAAAAAACUCAGAGUUCUUGACCUGAACAAGAGUAACUUGGUGAAGUUUUUCGAAUCCUUUGAGCAUAGAGGCCAGAUGUGUCUGGUUUUGGAAAUGCUGGACAAAAGUCUCCAUGACUUGAUGAUAGAAAGGCGCAAUAGGCCCCUGCGUUUGUCUGAGAUCAGAGUCAUCUCACAGCAGAUGCUGGUGGCUCUGAAUGCCCUCAAGAACAUAGGCCUGGUGCAUGCAGACAUCAAGCCAGACAAUGUAAUGCUAGUUCAUCAUCAGCUGCAGCCCUUCAGGGUGAAACUGAUUGAUUUUGGUAUGGCCUCUCCGGUUUCUAUUGUAAAGCAUGGCUCUAUCAUUCAGGCCCUUGGUUACAGGGCCCCAGAGGUCAUCCUGGGCCUCCCAGUGGACGAGGCCAUAGAUAUGUGGUCUCUUGGUUGUGUAAUGGCCUUUAUGUACCUUGGCCAGCACCUGUAUCCUAUCAGGUGUGAAUAUGAAGUGGUUAGAAUCAUUGUGCAGAUGCAGGGUCAGCCUGGUGAUCACCUGCUAGAUGCUGGGGUCCAUUCUAAGAAAUUUUUCAGCAAGAACCAGGACUCCACAAAACAGGUAUGGAGGCUGAAUACACCAGCUGAAUACAAGCUUGAAACAGGCCAGGAGACCCAACAAAGCAGGGCCAUUUCCAACAAGUACACCUGUAUGGAAGACAUGACGAAGGACCACCCGAAGCCGAAGGCAGACACUGAGUAUGAGGACACGCGGGCAUUUUUAAGCUUCCUCAAACGGACGCUGAGUGUGGAUUCUGUCACAAGAAUCGCCCCCACUGAAGCUCUAGGGCACCGCUUCAUCACAAUGAGACACUUUCCCAGAGACACUGACCCAGACCCUUAUGUGGCAUCAUCCUGUGUGAACAUGAAAGUGUGCCCAUCCCAGGACUCACCAGUUGAAAUCAGCUGCUUUGUAACCUCCAGUGAAGUUUUACACCAUAGCGCGACCACCGCCAGCUCAGAUGCCUCGCCACCAGCUACCACUUGUUGUGAUGUAAAAACCAAUGCUGGCACUAAUGGCAGUGAUGGAGGAACCACAUUCUUCAUCACAGUCAAAACUCAGAAGGCGAUGCUGAAGAGGAUGCUGAGUGUGUGCUGCUGCUUUGUAGAUGUGGAAGAUUAACACCCGGAAAGUGUCCUGUGCAAACUGUAGCCUUCCAGCAAAAAGUCAUGGCACUCGCACGCACACACACACACACACACACACACACACACACACAGA